AUGCCUUCGUUACUGGCCCUUGGGGUUCUGACAUUUAUCAUCUACUAUAUAACCAAUUACUAUCUCGCACUGAGUCGGAACAUCGCCAAAGCAAAGCGAUCCGGGAUUCAUUAUGUUGUUCUCCCGGUCUACUUCCUCAAUCGAUUUUGGCUGAUAUUCCACCGCCUAUUCCUACCUGUACUGGCCAGACUCCCUCGCAAAUGGACCACAUGGGUGGAUUUCUGCAUUCCAGAUUUUCCCUUCCUCAACAGUGUUGAGACUUUUGAGAAGAUCGGCCAUGACACCUUUCUCACCGUCGCUCCUGGUGGUAUCAUUUUGAACACUAUUGACCCGGCCGUGAUUACACAAAUCACUACAAGGAGGAAUGACUUCCCCAAACCCACCAAAAUCUAUCGCUCUCUCGAUGUUUAUGGCAAGAACGUUGUUUCCACCGAGGGAGCUCACUGGCGACAACAUCGAAAAGCCACAAGCCCACCCUUUACUGAGAAGAACAAUCACCUGGUCUUUUCCGAAACCAUUGACCAAGCUUCUGACAUGCUGACGUCCUGGCUGGGCCCUGAUGGUAAGGGUAAUGUGACAGUGGAUCGCGUCAUGGACGAUACGAUGCGAUUGAGCUUGUAUGUCAUCAGCAGAGCGGGCUUUGGCCGGAAGCUGCAGUGGCCAGCUGCUGAUUCCAAGGCGGACGUUGACACCAGCUAUGCCGACCCAUCGAAAAUCCAGAACGCAAAAGAUGAGAGAGAUCCGGGCCAUUCCAUGAGUUACACUUAUGCCAUUCAUUGCUUAUUGGACAACAUAAUUGUUCUUUUUGUCUUGCCUCCGUGGCUCAUGGAGCGACUCCCUAUUGCUGCACUUCGAAAGGCCAGGGAGGCGUACGUCGAAUGGGGCAAUUACAUGAAAGAAGCGGUGGCAUCCAAGAAGAAGCUUCUCGGUGCAGAAAAUACAAACAACGAAUCAAUGGAUAUUCUGGGGCAACUGGUCAAGGGUCAGCUUCAGUCAGAAACGAGCAAGGACGUGCAUCUUACAGACUCUGAGAUCUUGGGCAAUAUGUUUGUCCUGAUUCUCGCCGGCCAUGAGACGGCUGCAAAUUCGAUCCACUUUUCUUUGCUCUACCUGGCACUCAACCACAAAAGUCAACGAGCAGUUCAACAAGACCUUGACCGAAUAUUUCAAGGAAAACCACCUUCGGAAUGGGAUUAUGACCGAGACCUGCCCGCAUUGUUUGGGGGCAUGGUUGGUGCAGUGUUGAAUGAAGAGCUUCGUCUACUUCCUCCCGUCAUUGGUAUUCCAAAGUCAACAUUCGGCGUUAGUGACCAAAGGCUCAACAUUGAUGGGAAAGAUUGCAUUGUCCCGAGCGACAUAUACAUAAGCUUAUGUGCAGUGGCGGUCCACCGACAUCCAAAGUACUGGCCAUCCGGGAAACCAACAUUACCUGGUGGCAGACCGAUACAUCCGGUAGCCAAUACCGAUAAUGAUCUCGAGGAAUUCCGCCCGGAGCGGUGGCUUGUGGACGAGGACGGAGAAGUUCAGACACUGGCAAAUGGCAAGAAGGAAAUGCCGGGCGAAACCGUCACUUCGGAUGGUCUAGCAGUUAAUGAAUCGGCUGAUACUUCGGAUAAGCUGUAUCGACCUCCGAAGGGAGCGUAUAUCCCGUUCAGUGAAGGCUAUCGUGCGUGUCUCGGGCGACGCUUUGCGCAGGUCGAAGUCCUGGCCGCUUUGGCCGUGAUCCUACAAAACUAUUCCGUGGAACUAGCUGUGGACGAGUGGGCCAGUGAUGAAGAGGUCAUCUCCAUGGAUGAGGACGCUCGCGCAGAUGUCUGGCAGAAAGCCGCUGCCCACGCCAGAGAUUUGAUGCUUAAUGGUCUCAGCGUGAUUAUCUCACUGCAGAUGCGUGGAGGUCAUGUCGCAGUCAGGUUUGUGCCCCGAGGGAGUGAGAGAUUUCCUGAUGAUGCAGACGAUAUCUGGAAGAGGAAUCAUCCGGACUUGGUUGUCGGAGCUGUGAAGACUCCUGACUAUGUUUUCUGGAAUAAGCAGACACGAGCCAAUGUUGGCGCUGUAGGAGUAGCAUAG